AAUUAUAUAGUUAUCUGCGUUAGCAUGAUAGCAUCAGUCAAUCUUUUUUUAGUUUGUGCCAGUGGCUUUGUAUUUUAAUACGUAGGUCACUUUGUUUUGCUAUACUGCAUUAUUCUUCUAUUAAUACAUUUUAUUUCGUGAAUAUUUUUUAAUGUUAGGAUUCAAUUAGUUCCCUUAUAUUCAAGAUAAUAAAACUAAAAAAUGCUUGUGUUAGCGUUUUUAAUGUUUUCUCUUACUGUAACAUUUGGUGAAAGAACGGUGAAGUAUGCAGCUGUUAUUUAUCGACAUGGUGAUAGGACUCCUGUUAAUCUUUACCCAACCGAUCCCUGGCGAAAUGAAUCCUUCUGGCCUGUUAAAUUUGGGCAACUUACGAAUGUAGGCAAAAGACAACAUUAUGCUCUUGGAAAAUGGCUAAGAAAACGAUACUCGCAUGUAAUUUCUGAAAAAUUUGAUCCUUCUGAAAUAUACAUUAGAUCAACAGAUGUUGAUCGCACACUAAUGUCAGCUCAGGCCAAUUUAGCGGGAAUGUACCCUCCAACAGGAACUUCUAUAUGGGAUACAGAUUUAAUUUGGCAGCCUAUACCAGUUCACACAAGACCAGAAAAAGAUGAUGAAGUGUUGGCAAUGAAAAAGAAAUGUAUGCGAUAUACAAAAGAGAAAGAAAAGUAUAUUCAUUCAACACCUUAUAAAGAAAGACUCAGUAAAUAUCAAGGAUUAAUGGAUUAUUUGACAGCCUAUACUGGCAAGAAAAUUAAGGACUACUUAGAUAUUAAUGAUGUUUAUAAUGUACUUUAUAUUGAAAGUUUAUACAACUUUACUCUUCCAAAUUGGACUCAAUCUGUGUAUCCAAACAAAUUACGAGAACCAGCAUGUUACAGUUUUGCAACAGCAACAGCAACACCACUGAUGGCACGCCUAAUGGUUGGGCCUUUACUGAAAGAGAUAGUGACAAAAGCAAACACAGUAGUAUUAAAAAAGAAACCUGAUCCACUGAAGCUGUCAAUAUACAGUGCACAUGACUUUCAGAUUGGAAAUAUACUUUCUGCUAUGGGGGUGUUUGAUGGCAACUGCCCUGUUUAUACUUCCACUAUAUUUUUUGAGCUCUUGCAAGAUAACUCUACUAUGGAGUAUUUUAUACAAAUGUUGUAUAGGAAUUCAACUGAAAUUGUCGAACCAUAUGUUCUGAACAUACCACACUGUGGUGAAAUUUGCUCAUUUGAAAGAUUUCUUAAAUUGUAUGAUAAUUUAAUAACUGUUGAUUGGAAUUAUGAAUGUACGAAACAGAUAUCACCCUUGAUAGGAGCGUGUUUUUUUUUGGGAUUAUUUGCUUUUAUAUAUGUAGUUCACAAAAUACAUUUUUCAACAAUAACUACAAAACGAAGAGUUCAAUUUGCAUACACAAGUGUAUACAACUGUACAGCACCCGUACCCGAGAAAAAUAAUGAAAUGAAAGUAAUGAUGCUUGUACUAGCGAUUUUAAUGUUUUCCCUUACUGUAACUUUUGGUGAAAAAACGGUGAAGUAUGCAGCCGUUAUUUAUCGACAUGGCGAAAGAACUCCUGCUAAUCUUUAUCCAACCGAUCCCUGGCAAAAUGAAUCCCUCUGGCCUGUUAAAUUUGGGCAACUUACUAAUGUAGGCAAAAGACAACAUUAUGCUCUUGGAAAGUGGCUAAGAAAACGAUACUCGCACUUAAUCUCUGAAAAAUUUGAUUCCUCCGAAAUAUAUGUAAGAUCCACAGAUGUUGAUCGCACUCUCAUAUCAGCUCAGGCCAAUUUAGCAGGAAUGUACCCCCCAUCAGGUACUUCUAUAUGGGAUACAGAUUUAAUUUGGCAGCCUAUACCUGUACACACAAUACCAGAAAAAGACGAUGGAGUGUUGGCAAUGAAAAAAACGUGUCUACAUUAUACUAGAGAGAAAAAUGAGUAUAUUCAUUCAACACCUUAUAAAGAAAGAUUAAGUCAAUAUCAAGAACUAAUGGAUUAUUUGACAGCCUAUACUGGCAAGAAAAUUAAUGACUAUUUAGAUAUUAAUUAUGUUUAUAAUGUACUCUUCAUUGAAAGUUUAUACAACUUUACUCUUCCAAAUUGGACUCAAUCUGUGUAUCCAGACAAAUUACGAGAACCAGCAUGUUACAGUUUUGCAACAGCCACAGCUACACCACUGAUGGCACGUUUAAUGGUUGGACCUUUGCUGAAGGAGAUAACGACAGAAGCAAACACAGUGGUAUUAAAAAAGAAACCUGAUCCACUGAAGCUGUCAAUAUACAGUGCACAUGACUUUCAGAUUGGAAAUAUACUUUCUGCUAUGGGGGUGUUUGAUGGCAACUGCCCUGUUUAUACUUCCACUAUAUUUUUUGAGCUCUUGCAAGAUGACUCUACUUUGGAAUAUUUUAUACAAAUGUUGUAUAGGAAUUCAACUGAAAUUGUAGAACCAUAUGUUCUGAACAUACCUUCCUGUGGCAAAAUUUGCCCUUUCGACAGGUUUCUUGAGUUGUAUGAUAAUUUAAUAAGUGUUGAAUGGGAUUAUGAAUGUAAAGCACAGGUAACUUUAAAGUUCCUUAUUUAUCAUACUUUAUUUAUAAUCAAUAUCACUUUAAUUUUGUAUCGUUAUUUCAAUAUUGUUGUCUUUGAUUGUUAAAAAAUAUGCAUAAAAGAGAUAAAAAUGUCUGAU